UGCACAUAAAUACAUGCACACCUCGUCAAGUCGUCACUCAUCGUUGCCAAUCCAAUAUUCUGAACAACGCCAAUAUUUUAAAUCCAAAAUACGCAGUUAGAUAGUAAAAAAUAACUUUGUACGUUGUCACUGCAUUCAAAUUUGCAGAAAAUUGGCAAACAUAAUGGAAAACUUCUUCCGUUUAAUGUUGUGGCAUACUUAUUAUAACAUACAUUCAUAAAAUAUGGAAAGUGAGGUAAUCGUAAGAAAUGAAGAAGUAGAGUGAUGACGGAAAAUUUGUCGUUGUGCCCGACCGUGUAAGCAUGGUUAUUAAAAAAAUACCACCACAACGCCAGUUCCUGGUCAUCUGUAGCAACUUCAUGGUCUGAUUUGUCGAUAUUUUUAUUUUGUAAAAUUCUCAGGGCAAUAUAAACCACAUUUGUGAUUAUUUUCACAAAAAAGGAGGCGAAAAAACUUACCGGUCCCGCAAAGCCAGGUGAAUUUGAAACGCAAAUUUUUUUUUUACAUAUCUCGUGCUGAACAAUGAGAUUCGUCCACUUUUUUCGAGGAUGCAUCAGGAAUUUGUUCAUUUCCCUUACCUCGCCUCCAAGUUGUUGGCGGACCACUAACUGUAUAAUUAACAAGAAAAUUCAUCGUUCUUGGAAACAAUGUUUUUUUAUUCUCAUAUUCGCCACUAUUUUCACCUAUGGUUUCCUUUACAUCUUCGCCCUUGCUUUCACCGCCUCCUGGACAAUGGCGUUGCCCUUCUCGUCAUCAUCCAUCGCUUAUCUGAACAGCAAAGCAAGACAAGAGGUGUCGAAUCUUGUAGAGCAGACGCCAUAUCUCUGGAGACAGGUCAACUACACGGUAAAGGAGAGAAUUCAGGCACAACAAGACUGGGUGGUUGGGUUGUCUAAGAUAGCGGAUAUUCAGCCCAAGAAAAUUGUGAUUGAGAUGCCAUCCGGCUACUUUUAUUUCACUGGAGGUGGUCUUCGUUGUCCGUACGCUCCCAAAUUCGAGUCUCGCUGCUCCGUGGAGGAGAUGACCUCAACCCGCUGGUGGUUCGGCCUUGGACCUUGGCGCUACUUUUUUGGGCUGGAGGCGGAUGCCGUGGUCACGAUUCAUAACGAAGAUUUUCGCCCCACGUUCAAGGUUCCGACGGGGAUGCGACAAGUGUUUUACAUUUUAGAGCCGCCCCAAAAGUGGGGCCCGGGGAGGGCACCGUUAGGCUAUAACGACGCCUUAUUAGCGAGCUAUUGGCGGGGCUCGGACAUUCCCAUUCCGUACAGGCAAUGGAUUCCGGGAAAAGACUCACGACAAGAACAGCGUCCUAUAAAUAAACGUCGCCUGGUUGCCGCCAUGAUAUCCAAUUGCUGGUCGAAAGGUCGUCUCAAGUAUAUAAAAUACCUCCAGCAGUUCAUCCCUGUCGAUGUGUACGGCUCGUGUGGCUCCUUCUCUUGCGCCAAGUCCAACUACUCUGGAUGUCUCGCAGCGAUCGGACAGCAGUACAAGUUCUUCUUGUCCUUUGAGAAUAAUAAGUGUGAGGAUUACAUCACGGAGAAAUUUUUUGAAAAUGCACUCAAUUACGAUAUGGUGCCAGUCGUCUUUGGUGCGAGACCCAGCGAUUACGCAGAGGCAGGCCCACCUUCCUCCUUUAUCGCAGUGGACAACUACCGUAGUCCUCGUGACCUCGCUGAUUAUCUCCUCCACUUGGAUAAGAACGACGACAAGUAUGCAGAAUAUUUCGCCUGGCGUAAGGAAAACGGAGAGAUAUCGACUGGAGCCCACGCCGACUUUUUCUGUCGUCUCUGUGGACUCCUUCACUAUGCAGAUUACAUUCCUCCUCCCUCGUGGGGUGGUGCUAGCGUCACCUGGGCCUCGGUGAACAAAUGUCUUGGAAAAGAUUCCGUAGAGCCGUGGCCUACUGAAUAGACAAUCAUCUUUGGUAGGCAACAGUUCGUUGCCACCGUAAAAGAAAGUAGAAAUUCACAGAAAAAGGCCACAGACAAAUAUCAGUAAAAGUCCCUAUAAUGUUACUAAUUGCCCUAGUAGCUCAGAGGUCAGAGCACUUGACAUGAAUUCAAGGGAGCCGUGGUUCGAUUCCCGGCUGGGUAACAAUUUUUGGCAUUAUUCGGGAUUUACGUAUUUGAUUUCUAAAGAAAAUCAUAUAUUUUUUAUAUUGCUAUUUUAGUUACAUAAACGUUUAUUGGAAAAAAUAAUAUUUAAUAAAUUGAUUUAUACAGUUACGUGAUUUAAAUUAAAGUACUAUUUUGUUCAUCUGGCUACGGACAAGAUAUGUACAUUUAUACAUCAGGAAGCUGGUUAAUUUAAUAUUAUGUUAGUUUGUUUCUCCGUUGUUUAUAAAAAAUAAGAAGGAGUAUUCAAAUAUUUGUAUAACCAAAUUAUGAUGACCAAUAAGACCUGAAGACAAUUUUGA